AUGCUGCAAUCGUGGAACGAGUCGUUGUACACCAACCUCACGCCUAGCCGAAAGUGCCUGGAGAGGGUGACGCGUGACCUCGCCGAAUAUCACGCCGACCCGCCGCCGGGCGUCUUCAUGGCACCCGAGGAGAACAACGUGACGACAAUCCACGCCGUCGUUACGGGCGCCGCAGGAACGUCUUACCAGGGUGGCUUCUUCCAUCUGCUCAUGAAGUGCAUGAACACCUACCCAAUGUCGCCACCUCAAGUUCGCUUCAUGACAACCGAUGGCGGACGCGUGCAGUUCAGUCCGCACAUCUCUGCCACUGGCCACAUCUGCCUCAGCCUGCUGGGCACCAUGUCCGGGCAACCCUGGACACCCGCGUGCAACUUGUCUUCGGUGGCCCUGUCCAUCCAGUCUAUGCUGGACGACAGCAUCAACUGCGUCGACGCGGCUCUCGAGCACGUCAUCACCGGCUUCUGGGGCUCGUCUCGUUGGAAGAAUAUAAGGUACGAUACCCUCAGGGUGGCUGUUUGCGGUACGAUCGAAUCGUGCCUCGAAGACAACUGCCCCUUCCCGGCUGUUCUUCGAGAUCAGCUGCUCGCCAAGUUCGCCGAAGACUUCGCGAAGUACGAGAUCGCGGCCAUACAAGAGCUGGCUAACAACCAGGGUGGUAUUCUCACUUGGUUCGGUGCCGAGAACAAGUACGAGACGCUGUUGGCGAGAUUGCAGAAGCUGAAAGAGAGGGUCCAGGAGCGUAACGGGAUAAACGCUGUCGCAGCCGCCCCCUGA